AUGAGUGAAUCGCCGAUAAAUGACUACCACAUAUUAACCACUCUUCACUCAUAUGACGAUUCCCAGGCUACACCUAGUCAAAUAUUAUCACGGAGCUUUGACUUCACAAUUACUGAUUCUAUUACGGUGCAGGAAAUGAAGGACACUAUAAAUAAUUUACGGUCAGAGAUCGCAAGUACGCAAAAUGAGCUGGAUAAUACUAUAAUUGAGAACAACGACCUUCGGAGACAAAUCACAAAAUUAACACAAGAAAAUAACCUACUAAAAACUCUAUGUCAAUCACCAAUAAAGGAUAUCCAAAUGAAACACCAAAACAUAAUAAAAGAGAAAAAUAUUCAUUCUGCUCACUUCAAAGUUUUAUAUUCGCCCUUCGAGGGCUUCUACGCCCUUAAAAUUAUCUGA